AUGAAAUGGCUUCAGUAUGACCUUCUAGUUUUUAAAAACUAUGUUAUUUCAAUACCACUAAUUCUAAAUGUAUAACUCUCUCAGAUUGUUCCACUUAUAAGAAGAGUGAUUGGCCAUCUGAUGCAGACCCUAUCAAAAAUUGUAGUACUCUUAUUGAUAAGAGCGGAUUCAAUGUACUGCUGAUAGUGGGGAAAAAUUGCGUAGUAAAAAUUAUUCUAUUUGAAUUUGGAAUGUAAAGAAUGGAAAUCAUCUUGCAAAUCUGAUGGAUAAAAAUGCAUUGAUUCCACUCAAGAUUGUUCAUAAUACUCUGGAGACAAAGAUUCAUGUAUCAAAUAUUUAGAUUCUGAUAAUCUCAAUUAUUAUUAUGGUAUUGCUGGUUUUGAUUAAGAUAUUAGACCAUGUCCGACAUUAUCUUGCUAUCUGAAUACUACAGAAUCAUUUUAAAAUGGAUGUUAGACCAAAGGAGUUGGAUGUAUAGUAAAGACUGCUAAAUGUGAUGAAUAUAGAGGAACAAGAAAUCAAUUUUCCAAAAUUUCAAGGAUAUGUGUCGAAAACAUAACAGAGUUCAGUUCAGGAGAUGCUACUAAAAUGAUUAGAUUUAUAUUUAUAUUAAUCAAGCAUAGCUAACUAUACUGA